GGCAGGACCUGGCAGCACUGCACAGGUAGGAGCCGAGGGCGGGUCUGCACCGGGGCCAGGUGUGUUCACCUGCCGGGACGGGGCUGCUGCCGGGGCUGGGAUGCUCCCCACGCUGCCGGGGCAAAGCCCAGGUGGUGUGCUGUGUUUUGGGGGGCAUGCCCCUGUGGGUCAGCCUCUCCCGGCAGCCCAGCCGCGGUGUUUCGGUGCUCAGUGAUGCCUCAGGUGCUGCAGGCUGCCAUCACCCACGGAUGGUGGCAGGGUGUGGGGUCAUUGCUGUGCCUGCAGCCCCCACAGUGCCAACAGGGGAGCAGCCAGCCCUCUGGGAGCUGUGGGGAGAGCUCUGUCUGUCCCUGCUGCACAGGCGUUGUCCCAGGUUCCGCUGGAAGCAGAGGGGAGGGGAAGGACUGGAAGAAGAAGAGAGCCAUGAAGUCCCCCUGGAAAGUCCCUCCUGCCCGGACUCUGUGUCCUGACAGGCACAAUCCCCACCCUCCCGUCCCACCAUCCCCGGCCGGAGCCGGCAGCUCCGGUGUCACUUCCCGAGCCAAAGAGGGUCCCGGUGCCCCGGCUCUGCCAUCCCCUCCCCUCGCCUGUGCUGGGUGGGCAGAGCUCCCUGAGCUCAGCUUUUGGGGCUGCUUUGGGCCCAGGCUCUCCGUGCUUAGGGCUUGUCCCAGUUGGAUGGCAAUUGUAUUUUGCUUUUUGUUACAGCCCAGGUGAUGUGAGAAGAAAAACAGGGAGGGAUUGGAGAGUUUCUGCCCACUGCUUCCUCCCUGAGGGGCUGCAGUCUCUAGGAAUGUCCCUGCUGUCCCCAGGCAGCCUUGGCUGGGGGGUCCUGGGGGUGCUGAACCCCCAGCAUCGUCCUGGGGACCCCAGCACGGGGCCCUCUGAUGCCACCUGUGCCGGCCAAGCUGGGCUGGAGCACCCCAGCUGCUCUGCCAGCCUUAGCAGUGAUGGAUGUGGGAGGCAGAGCUUUGGAUUUAGGGAUCUGGGUUUGGUUUUAGGAUUUGGCCCCUUCCAGGCCCACAACCUCCAGCCCCAGCUGAGCUCUCCCCCAGCUCAUCCUCAGCAUCUCAGGGGCAGCUGGGGGCUCCUAAACCCCUCCUGCAAAUCUAAGCCUGAGUUCAGCUUGUCCUUUUUGCUGGGGAAAACAGGAACUGGCCGUUGCCCGAGUGAUGCAUUUCUGAAAUAAGCUGUUCCAGUUAACCUCCCCCACCAGGACUUUGCUUUAGGAACAGCUUAAACCAGCAGAGAGGUGGGCAGGGGGCACACAGAGCUGCCACGGUGGGAAGGACCUCACCCAUCUCCCUGCUCUGGUCGGGAUGGAGCCACAUGAGCAGAUUCCUCCUCGCUCUGCCCACCUGGAACGGCGCUGGCCAGGCGUGUCUGGAGGAAGCUCUUCCCUUCUGCAGCUGGUUUGGAUUCAGACACACAGCCCAGCCUUGCUCGCAGCUCCCUCCUUCCCAGCCCUCCUGCUGUGCCCCAGCAGCCCGGAUUUAUUAUUACAAAUUGGAGCUAAAAGCCAGGUCUCAGUGGGGUGGGACGGAAUCAGGGAUGUUCAGUGCAGCCAAGUGCUGCUUCAUCUCUCGGGCACCAUCUCCCCUCUCUGCCAGAAAACCAUUCAAAAAUAAAACCAGGAGGAUCCCAGGCCAGGAGAAGUUCCCACAGCUGCUCCAGCCCUUCCUGUGCCACGAUGCUGGACCUGGCAGUGUUCCGUGGGGUGGCACUUUCUGGCGCUGUUGUGCUGUGUGCUCUCACCGGGGCGAUGCCCUGGGGCUGGGCACGGCGUUCUCUUCUCUGGGGAAAGGGUAAUUAUUUAUAAUGAGUGGUUUUGGUGCCUGCUGGGAGAGUGCGUGUGCGUGUGUGCAAUUAGGGCUGGGCUGGGAGAGCCCGAACGGGACCGGAGGGGUGGAGCUGUCCCCACUGCCCUGUGGACAGGCAUGGGGACGGCUGGCUGCCCUGCGAGCAGGUCGGUGGCACCGCAUCCCUGCCUGCUGGUGCCGGUGGAUCCCGAGGGAGCCGCGGGCAGCCCGGGGGUGCCCGGCUGGCAGGUUCCAGCUCCAGAGUCCGCGCUCGGAGCUGCAUCAGUGAGACGGUUCUGCGCCCUCGCUGGUCCUGCUGCGGCCAUGGAGAUGCCAGCCUUGUGUCUGAGCAAAUCUCGCCUGUGGCCCCGGAGCGGGGGCUCGGGGCAGACCCCAGGCAAGGGCUGGCAGGCUCCUGCGGUUCGGCCAGCGCCGGGUACCCCCAUCCAAAACCCUCCGCUGUCUCUCGGCACAGACCUGCGCCCGCUGGACAUCCUGUCGGAGGCGGUGCCGCCCGGGGGGCUGGCCCGCGGCAUGCGGGUCCUGCAGGUGCAGGGGCUGCUCGGCUUGCAGCUCUCCGCAUCGCGGCCCCGCGCCCUGGCCUUCCCCGCCUCGCGGCUCUUCAUCCACUGCGAUCGCUUCCCCGAGGAGUUCAGCAUCAUCGUCACGCUGCGGGCGCUGCGCCGCCCCGCCAAGAGGAACGAGUACAUCUUCACGCUGAUGGUGGAGGAGAGCCCCAGCGUCCUGGUGGGGCUGCGCUACGCCCCCGACAAGCUGCACUUCCUCUUCUGGAGCCAGGAGCGCGCCGGAGGCUGGCAGACCCGCGUCACCUUCCCCAACGUGUCCCUCUCCGACAGCCAGUGGCACACGCUCAUCCUGGCUGUCUCCGGCCAGUCCUUCUCCUUGACGGUGGACUGCAGCGUCCCCAAGGACGUGGUGGUGGAGACACCAUUUCCAGCCUCGCUGUCGGUGAGGAGAGCCAGCUUCUACCUGGGCAACAGGAGGAGGAGGAAAGGGGUGUUCACGGGCUUGCUGAGACAGCUUGUCCUGCUGCCAGGAGCUGAUGCCACCCCCCGGAUAUGCCACACCGUGAACUUCAAAGUAGCAACGCUCUCUGUCCCCAGUGUCCUGCAGGAUGUCCCUGCCAAGGCAGUGAGCAACGAGGUGCUCCAAUACCCCUACGAGACUGACAUGAAGGUGACCCUGGGGGCCCGGCCCCGCUGCUCCAGGCAGGAGAAGGCUCAGUUCUGGUUCAACGCCUCCCGCCGAGGGCUCUACCUCUGCAACGGCAGCACCUGGCUCUCCAUGCUGGAAGUCCAACCCAGGCUGGACUACGUGGAGGAGCACCAGAAGCUGGUGACCAACUCGGAGACGAUGGGCGUUGAGGUGUUCUCCAUCCCCAGGCUGGGGCUGUUUGCAGCCACGGCCAACCGGCUGACACCCCCGGGCUCGGCCAUCUACAGGUGGACUGAUGGCAAGUUUGUGCACUACCAGAACAUCCCCACUCACCAGGCCCAGUCCUGGAAGUAUUUCACCAUUGGGAAGAAGAUCUUCCUGGCAGUGGCGAAUUUUGAGCAGAAUGAGAGGGGCCAGGAGUUCUCAGUGAUCUUCAAGUGGAGCCGCAGGAAGGAGAAGUUCCUCGCGUACCAGCGCAUCAGCACGCACAGCGCCCGGGACUGGGAGGCCUUUGUCAUCCAGGGAGAGGCUUUCCUGGCUGUGGUCAACCACAGAGAAGACAGGGCAGCCACAUCCAGCUCCUCAUGGCCUCCUUCCCCGCAGACAUUUGGUGCAGCUGACUGGGAGGUUUUCCACAUUGGGGACAGAGUGUUCCUGGCUGUUGCCAACAGCCACAGCUAUGACAGUGGGAUGCCAGCACCCUCCAACUUCUAUGCCAUCAACUCCUCCAUCUAUGAGCUGAACAUCACGGCCCAGAUGUUUGUUAAAUUCCAGGACCUUCUCACCUACAGUGCCCUGGACUGGGAGUUCUUCUCGGUGGGAGACGACUCUUUCCUGGUGGUGGCCAACUCCUUCGAUGGCUUCACCUUCUCUGUUAACAGCAUCAUCUACAGGUGGCAAGGCUACGAAGGCUUCGUGGCAGCCCACCAGCUCCCCACGGUGGGCUGCAGAGACUGGGAGGCGUUCCACACCGCCGAGGGCUCCUUCCUGCUCUACUCCAGCGCCAAGGAGCCGCUCUCCAAGGUGCUCAAGCUGAAAACCACCUGAGACACGCUCAGCCCAUCGGUGCAGAUGGACACGGAGCCCAGGAAUGGCUGCAGCAUCAGCCGGGCAGUGGCUGGCUGUAUUCUCUGCAGGAAGGGAGGAGGAGGAGGAGGAGGAGGAGGAGGAGGAGGAGGGAGCUCCAGGGCUCCCUGCAGCCUUGUCCAGGGGCUGUUUCUCCCGGGAAAGCUCUGCCACCUCGCUCCAGAGCCGUGUCCUAGCCAAGGUUGCUGGAGCCUGGGUGCAUCCCCUGGCUUAGCAGGAUCAUGGUGCUUGGCGAUUUCCAGUCCCCAGGAGGGACCCAGAGCUGCCAGCGGCUGUGGCCAAAGCUUGCACAAAGCCAGGGAAGGAAGAGGCAGAGCAGAGCAGGAGCUGCUGGGAUGGGUGCAUGGCAGAGGGGAGUAAACCUGUGAGAAAUUGUGGGGAAAAGUGUGUCCAGGCUUGGCUCUGCCUGCCUGGGGCUGUGAUGUUCCUGAGGACAUCUGGUUUGACAUUGCAGCCAUUCUUCAUGUCACCCUCGUGCCACUGCCACAGUGCCUGCCCACCCUCCCACUCUGGGCUGGGUCUCCCUCAAUGAGUGUUGUGUGUGUUGUACAGAGCUGUUGCUGUGUUCCAGGGCCAGAGCUGGUCCUUGCUGGUCCAUGCCUGGGGUUAGGGACCCCUGAGAAAACCUGCUUUGCAUUUGGACCCAUCCAGCUACCACGGGAGUGGGAAAAACCCAAAUCUGCUUCAGGUGAAACUGUGGCCUCUUUUCUUUUCCUCACCUUUGCUGUGGGGGGACUCUUUUGCUUAACCAGAGCUCUAAUAAACUGUGUGCACCCAGCCUUUCUCCACGUGGGUAACCCAGCUGCUCUGCCCAUGGCAGAGGCAUCCCUUCACCCAGCAAGUCACCCCUGAAUGGCCAUGGCCAUGGGCAGCCCAGUGAGAACAAGGUGGUCCUGACCACAGAAGUGUGCUGGGGUGGGGGUGCCCCCCUGUUCCCCCCCACCCAGGACCCACUGCCUCACCUGAGUGUCCCAGAGCACCUCUCAGCCUUCCCCAGAGCCAGGAUUCCUGCUGAGCUGGGCCACCCACCUCGGCACUGGGGAGCACUCAGGAGGUGCCAGCCCCAUCAAGAAGGGCUGGGGGUCACAUCCUGAGCCUUUGCAGGGUCCAGACCUGCAGGGUGAGCCUCUGCAUCCCUCCCUCCUCUCCCUGUUCAGUGCAGCUGCAGCUGGCUCUGCCAGGAAGGACCAUUUCUCCCUUGUGAAAAAAGGGAGAAUUUGAUUUGCUUCCAUCACUGAGCUGUGAGCAACAACUCUAAUUCAGCCUGAGAAGGGCAAGAUAAGGCCAGACCAGAUGUAUUUGGGCAGCUGGUCCCUGCUGGAGACUCAGCUGAGAGUGGGGGGGGAUGGCACCUAAUGGGAGUUGUGCUGGUACAUUGAAUUUAGGCUGGUCUCCUUUGGGAGAGAUUGGAUUAGGAUAAGCCCCCCAAGCACCACGAGCACCACCACCCUCCCUGGACACUCAUCUCCCAGCACAGCACAAACCCUGAGGGCUUUUCCUAAGUGCAGGCCUUUAUUGAGAAAACAAAGGGGUUGGAGUCCCCCUGGUGCUGAGGGCCUUGGGGAGGCUGUCCUGCCCUUGGCAAGGCUGAUGCCCCACUGGAGCCAGGAUGGGGUGACCCCUCUGCACCCCGGGGACCUCCUGGCCCCACUACCCAUCUCUCCCAACCCCAAGUGUGUGCCUGGGGCUGCAUUCCCUGCGAGCCCAGCUCUGGCAGGGAAAAAGGUUCUGCCUGGGGCUGUUUGUCCCCACAACCUGGUCACCACGGACAGGCCCACGUGGGGUGUCCCAUGUCAUCUGCUCACACUCAGUCCAGCCUCGCUGAGGAGGGGGUAUUGGUGGCACUGGUCUGAAGAAAGCACUGGAGAAUCCUGCAGGGAAGCUUUGAUGCCCACCAGGUGGUCAUGAGCUCCCUGUGGAUAAGCCUGAAGCUGGCAGCCAGCCCUGCCCUUUGGGGUGGUGCUGAUGCUCUCUGCCAUGGGUUCCCUGUUGUUCCAGAUUGCAAGGCAAGAUGUAUUCUAUUACCAUCUGUAUGGCAGUUGUCUUGUGUCAGCUGGGCAGUUUGCCUUUUCUCUCUCUCUCAGUGAUCACACCCACUCCUCCCUCGGGAGGGACACCUGCUGAUAACAGGUUAUUGAAUGUCACUGCAUGGCUGAUAAGAACUACAGCAUCCCAUUGGGAGAUGUGAGCCCAGAGGGAGGAGCCAAGCAUUCCUACCCAGAUAUAAUCUGGAGAUUGUGGAACACCAGCAUGGCUUCUUCACUGGAUUUCCCAGAGGAGCAGCAGCUGCCUCUCCCACUGGAUCUUCAGAGGCAGACUGCACCCUUCUCCAGGAUCCCUGCUCCAGCAGAGCCACCCCUGGCACUGCAGGAGGGCUGCAGCCACAAUUCCAAUUGCACUGCUACCAACACUCUGACCCACAGGGUGUCAGGCUGUGCUCUGGCUCUGUCAGUGCUGUUCUAGUUUACUGCAUUGUUUAUUUUAUCCUUUUAUUUUUCUUCCCUAGUAAAGAACUAUUAUUUCCUGCUCCCAU